CUGACACAGCUUAUGUCUAUUCUCAGCUUAUAAAAACUUUUUCUUUUCUCUUGAAUGGGAGAUGUCUGUUCCAAAUAUACACAAAAUCAGCAUUAAAUUAAAUAUAGUAUUAAAAAAAUAGAAAAAAAUAGAAAAAUAGAAAGCCAAUACAGUGAAAUGUGGACUAUACUUCAACUGUUCAACUGACAAUACUGACCCAAAAUUAAAAUUCAAAAAACAGUGAAACGGUGCAAGUUAGCAACAAUUAAAAUUUCACAACUACAUUCCCUUCUCCCCAUACCCAAAUCCAAUAACAAAAUCAAAACUUUUUUCUUUCUCUUGUUCUUUUGUACUAAAAGGAAAAGACAAGAACAGUGUAAAAGGGUAAUUUUUUAGAAGACAAAGUAUAAGACAGACACAAUUGCUUAUUUGCUGCAUGGCCAUUUCAAUCUCUUUGAGCCCAGGCUCUAAAUACUGUGGAGUAGAAUACACAUUGGAUCUCUAGUUCAAUAAUGGCUCAAGGGGGUGGUGGUUCUUGCAAAGUGGCCGUUAAAUCACAUUCGAAAUACGCAAAUUAUGAUACAUCAACUAUGAAGGCAGAAAUCGGUAGUGCUCCUAUAGUAAAACGAGCGGAAAAACACAGCAUAGAUGAUGUUCACGAGCUUCUUCGGUGCCCUACUUGUGCAGAUUCAAUGUUUCCUCCCAUUCACCAGUGUCCGAAUGGACACACGAUGUGUACAAACUGCAGAAGAGUGCACAACUGCUGCCCGACUUGUCGAAUUGAACUCGGGAAUAUUAGGUGUUUAGCUUUGGAAAAAGUCGCGGAAUCUUUGGAGCUACCCUGCAGAUACCAAAAUCUUGGAUGUAAUGAAUUGCUUCCUUAUUACAGCAAGAUCAAGCACGAGAAGCAGUGUUCAUCUCGGCCGUACACCUGUCCGUAUGCCAGCUCAGAGUGCUGUGUGACCGGUGAUAUCCCGUUUCUCAUGGCCCACCUCAAGGAGGAGCACUCUGUCGAUAUGCACGAUGGAUGCACUUUCAACCACAGAUACGUUAAAUCGAAUCCGCAUGAAGUCGAAAACGCCACGUGGAUGCUAACCGUAUUCAAUUGUUUCGGGAGACAGUUUUGUUUGCACUUUGAAGCAUACUUACUAGGAGCAUCGUCCCCCGUCUACAUGGCGUUCGUGCGAUUCAUGGGUGAGGAAAAAGAUGCCAAGAAAUUCGGCUACACAUUGGAAGUGGGGUCGUUUGGGCGUAAGUUGAUGUGGCAAGGGGUCCCGCGAAGUAUACGUGACUGUCACAAGAAGGUUCGUGACAGUCAAGACGGACUUAUCAUUCCCAGGAGCUUGGCUCUCUACUUCUCUGCUGGCGACAAUCGAGAGCUUAAGCUGAGAGUUACUGGACGGAUAUGGAAGGUGUAGUAACUUUGUUACGCGAUCGGAAUUUGUACAGCUUGUCGAAAGCCGUAGGUUUAAUGUUAUUACCAUAUGCUUGAUUUUGUUGCAUUAUUAAUUAAAUGGUACUUUUUGAAAAAGGUUCACAAUGUAUUAUUAAAUUGAUAUUUCUAAUUUCCUUUUGGAUGGCAAAGAAACGUCGAGCUCGACAAACUCGAGUUCGAGCUUUAA